AUGGGCUUCUGCCUGCCUCUGACAUGGAUACUCCUGGUUGGGCAAUGGGUGCCCAUGGGUGCUCAGAACCCCAUUUCCUGGGAGGUGCAGCGAUUUGAUGGGUGGUACAACAACCACAAGCAGCAUAAAUGGGGCAGCAAAGGGUCUCCGCUUCAGCGACUGGUCCCAGCCAGCUAUGCCGAUGGAGUAUACCAAGCCUAUGGAGAACCCUAUCUGCCCAACCCCAGAAGUCUUAGCAACUCCAUCAUGAGGGGUCCUGCAGGGCAGCCCUCCCUGAGAAACCGAACAGUCCUAGGGGUCUUCUUUGGCUACCACGUGCUGUCGGACCUGGUGAGCGUGGACAGGCCCGGAUGCCCUGCCGAGUUCCUCAACAUCCACAUCCCGCCGGGAGACCCCGUGUUCGACCCCCGAGGCCAGGGGGACGUGGUCCUGCCCUUCCAGAGGAGCCGCUGGGACCCCCGCACUGGCCAGAGUCCUGGACAUCCCCGAGACCUGACCAACGAGGCGACAGGCUGGCUGGACGGCAGCGCCAUCUACGGCCCCUCGCAGUCCUGGAGCGACGCGCUGCGCAGCUUCUCGGGCGGGCAGCUGGCGUCGGGGCCGGAGCCCGGCUUCCCCCGGGACGCAGCGAGCCCGCUGCUGGCCUGGAGCGCGCCCGACCCGGCCACGGGGCAGCGGGGGCCGCGGGGGCUCUACGCCUUCGGGGCGGCGCGCGGCAACCGGGAGCCCUUCUCGCGCGCGCUGGGCCUGCUGUGGUUCGGCUUCCACAACGCGUGCGCGCGGAGGCUGGCGGCCCGGCACCCGGCCUGGCGCGACGAGCAGCUCUUCCAGCACGCGCGCAGGACGGUCGUCGCCACCUACCAGAGCAUCGCCAUGUACGAGUGGCUGCCCAGCUUCCUGGGGGAGCAGCCCCCCAAAUAUGCAGGGUACAACCCUUCCCUGGACCCCAGCAUCUCUCCAGAGUUCGUGGUGGCCUCGGAACAGUUUUUGUCCACCAUGGUGCCGCCUGGAGUCUACAUGAGAAAUGCCAGCUGCCACUUCCAAUGGGUCUCUUGGAACUCAAGUAUCUCCAGAGCUCUCCGGGUCUGCAACAGCUACUGGAGCAGAAAGCAUCCCCAAAAUGUUGAAGAUGUUGUGUCGCUGCUGCUGGGCAUGGCCUCCCAGAUUGCUGAGAGAGAGGACCAUGUGGUUGUUGAGGAUGUUCAAGAUUUCUGGCCCGGACCAUUGAAGUUUUCCCGCACAGACUAUCUAGCCAGCUGCCUACAGCGGGGCCGGGAUCUGGGCCUGCCUUCCUAUAUCAAGGCCAGGGCAGCACUGGGCCUGCCUCCUGUUUCCAGCUGGCAGGACAUCAACCCUGACCUCUCCAAGAUCAAUGCAACUGUGUUGGAGGCCAUAGCAGCCUUAUAUAACCAGGAUCUGUCCCGGCUGGAGCUGCUCCCAGGGGGACUCCUGGAGAUCCGAGAGGGGAACCCUGGGCUCCUCUUCCAUGACAUUGUGCUUGACCAGUUCAGGCGGCUGCGGGAUGGUGACCGGUUCUGGUUUGAGAACACCAAGAAUGGGCUGUUCUCCAAGGAAGAAAUCACAGAGAUCAGAAACACUUCACUGCGGGAUGUUCUAAUGGCCGUUUUCAACCUGAGUUCCAGUGCUCUACAGCCCAAUGUCUUCUUCUGGAAUGAGGGAGACCCCUGCCCACAGCCCAUGCAGCUCAACACUGAGGCCCUGCCAGCCUGCAUCCCCUACACCAUUCGAGACUAUUUUGAGGGCUGCGGAUUUGGCUUUUGGGUCACCAUUGGUACCCUCUGUUGCUUCCCCCUGGUGAGCUUUCUCAGUGCCUGGAUUGUUGCCCGACUCCGGAGGCGAAACUUCAAGAGGCUGCAGGGGCAGGGCCGCCAGAGCAUCAUGUCUGAGAAGUUUGUGGAAGGUGUGGAAGCACUGGAAUGGCAGGGCCACAAGGAGCCUUCUCGGCCUGUGCUCGUGCACCUACAGCCCGGCCAGGUCCGUGUGGUGGAUGGCAGGUUCUCUGUGCUUCGCAUCAUCCAGCUGAGGCCACCGCAACAGGUCAACCUCAUCCUGUCCAGCAACCAUGGCCGCCGCACGCUGCUGCUCAAGAUCCCUAAGGAGUAUGACCUGGUACUGCUGUUUAACCUGGAGGAGGAGCGGCAGGUGCUGGUGGAAAACCUGCGCGCUGCUCUGAAGGAAAGUGGGCUGAGCUUCCAGGAGUGGGAAUUGAGGGAGCAGGAGCUGAUGCGGGUGGCUGUGACGCGGGAGCAACGGAGCCGCCUCCUUGAAACCUUCUUCAGGCACCUUUUCUCCCAGGUGUUGGACAUCAAUCAGGCUGAUGCAGGGACACUACCCCUGGACUCAUCUCAGAAGGUUCGAGAGGCCUUGACGUGUGAAUUGAGCAGAGCUGAGUUUGCAGAGUCCCUUGGCCUCAAGCCCCAAGAUAUGUUUGUAGAGUCCAUGUUCUCUCUGGCUGACAAGGAUGGCAAUGGCUACCUGUCCUUUAGGGAGUUCCUGGACAUCCUGGUGGUCUUCAUGAAAGGUUCCCCUGAGGAGAAGUCCCGCCUUAUGUUCCGCAUGUACGACUUUGAUGGAAAUGGUCUCAUUUCCAAGGAUGAGUUCAUCAGGAUGCUGAGCUCUUUCAUCGAGAUCUCCAACAACUGCCUGUCCAAGGCCCAGCUGGCUGAGGUGGUGGAGUCCAUGUUCCGGGAGUCAGGCUUCCAGGACAAGGAGGAGCUGACGUGGGAGGACUUUCACUUCAUGCUGCGGGACCAUGACAGCGAGCUGCGCUUCACACAGCUCUGCGUCAGAGGGGUGGAGGUACCUGAAGUUAUCAAGAACCUCUGUCGGCGAGCCUCUUACAUCAGCCAAGAGAAGAUCUGUCCCUCUCCCCGAGUGAGUGCUCGCUGUCGCCGGAAUGACACAGAGGGGGAGACGACGCCACGACUGCAGUGCCCCAUGGAUACAGACCCUCCCCAGGAAAUUCGACGGAGAUUUGGCAAGAAGGUCACGUCCUUUCACCCACUGCUGUUCACUGAGGCGCACCGAGAGAAAUUUCAACGCAGCCGGCGCCACCAGACCAUGCAGCAGUUCAAGCGCUUCAUCGAGAACUACCGGCGCCACAUUGGCUGCGUGGCCGUGUUCUAUGCCAUCAGUGGGGGCCUUUUCCUGGAGAGGGCCUACUACUAUGCCUUUGCGGCUCAUCACAUGGGCAUCACGGACACUACCCGUGUGGGCAUCAUCCUGUCCCGGGGUACAGCGGCCAGCAUCUCCUUCAUGUUCUCCUACAUCCUGCUCACCAUGUGCCGCAACCUCAUCACCUUCCUGCGUGAAACCUUCCUCAACCGCUAUGUGCCCUUUGAUGCCGCCGUGGACUUCCACCGCCUUAUCGCCUGCACCGCCAUCGUGCUCACAGUGUUACACAGUGCAGGCCACGUGGUGAAUGUGUACUUGUUCUCCAUCAGCCCACUCAGUGUCCUUUCCUGCCUCUUUCCUGGCCUCUUCCAUGACGAUGGCUCUGAGUUUCCCCAGAAGUAUUACUGGUGGUUCUUUCAGACCGUACCAGGCCUCACAGGGGUGGUGUUGCUCCUGGUCUUGGCCAUCAUGUACGUCUUUGCCUCUCAUCAUUUCCGGCGUCGCAGCUUCAGGGGCUUCUGGGUUACCCACCACCUCUAUAUCCUGCUCUAUGUGCUGCUCAUCAUCCAUGGCAGCUUCGCUCUGAUCCAGAUGCCCCGUUUCCACAUCUUUUUCCUGGUCCCAGCACUCAUCUAUGUGGGUGACAAGCUCGUGAGCCUGAGCCGGAAGAAGGUGGAGAUUGGAGUGGUGAAAGCAGAGCUGCUGCCUUCAGGAGUGACCCACCUGCAGUUCCAGAGACCCCAAGGCUUUGAGUACAAGUCGGGACAAUGGGUACGGAUUGCUUGCCUGGCUCUGGGGACCACCGAGUAUCACCCUUUCACACUGACAUCUGCGCCCCACGAGGACACGCUCAGCCUCCACAUCCGGGCAGCAGGACCAUGGACCACUCGCCUCAGGGAGAUCUACUCACCCCCACCGGGGGACACCUGCGCCAGAUACCCCAAGCUGUACCUUGAUGGGCCAUUUGGAGAGGGUCACCAGGAAUGGCAUAAAUUUGAGGUGUCUGUGCUGGUGGGAGGGGGCAUUGGGGUUACCCCCUUUGCUUCCAUCCUCAAAGACCUGGUCUUCAAGUCGUCGGUCAGCACUCAAGUGUUCUGUAAGAAAAUCUACUUCAUCUGGGUGACACGCACGCAGCGCCAGUUCGAGUGGCUGGCCGACAUCAUCCGAGAGGUGGAGGAGAACGACCGCCAGGACCUUGUGUCGGUGCACAUCUACAUCACGCAGCUGGCGGAGAAGUUCGACCUCAGGACCACCAUGCUGUAUAUCUGCGAGCGGCACUUCCAGAAGGUGCUGAACCGGAGUCUGUUCACGGGCCUGCGCUCUGUCACCCAUUUUGGUCGCCCCCCCUUUGAGCCCUUCUUCAACUCCCUACAGGAGGUCCACCCACAGGUUCGGAAGAUUGGAGUGUUCAGCUGUGGCCCCCCCGGCAUGACCAAGAAUGUGGAAAAGGCCUGUCAGCUCAUCAAUAAGCAGGACCGGACACAUUUCUCUCACCACUAUGAGAAUUUCUAAGUCUCCUGCCCAGGCUGAGCAAAAGUUUAGACACAAGGCACCUUUGACCCUGAUUCCCUAUGCCUUCAACCCUUUCCACUUCUUCUUUAUACCUGGCUCAGUCACCCCAGGUGGCUUCAAGGACACCCAGAUCCAGAAUGCAGUUUGGUCUGGAGAAGGGUGAAGCACUGGCCAUGAGAAGCUGGGAAACAAGAGAGCUAUCACUGCUUGGGACAGGGUGACACUGAGGGGGAAA